UUAUUAUGGGAUGUCUGCCCCCUGAUCUCUUUGUGUGUAUGUGAGAAUGUUAGCCAGCCUGUGAGAGAGGGAGACGAGGAGUAUGUAACGUGUUCGUCUGGCGAUUUUUAGAAAUUCUGAAACCUACCAAACUGGACAUUGGCUUCCAACAUUUUAAUUAACCCGAAAAACGUCAAUUGGCAGAACUACAAACACCAAAUCGGAGGGGAACUAUCUCAGCGUGGGACUCCUCUGCUGCUGCCCCCUCCACCCCCGUCCUUUAUUUCUCUCCGUUUUCCCUCCUCCCUCUCUGACACGGUCAACGCCGAGCGCAGGGAACACAUCCCGGAUCAGAAAAGGACACCUAUAUUCUCAGUUCCAUUAAAGAAAUACAAUAUGUCCGGGAGUGAAGACGACAGGGACGAUUUCGGAGCCCCGGAAGACCGCUCUCUGUUACAAGAUGAGGAGGACUUGGAUGAAGAGAUGUCGGACGGAGACACUCCAAAGGUCAAGAAGAAGAAAAAGGCCAAGAAGAGCCGCGAGAGCAAGAGCAGCAAGAGACAGCGAGUUCGUAGAGAGGACUUGGCAGGCAGCUCUCCAGAGGCUGUAGAAGGACUGGAUGGUGAUGAUGGUGAUGAAGAAGAAGGGGGUGGGGGCAGAUCAGACAGUGAGGGGAGUGACUACACCCCUGGCCGGAAAAAGAAGAAGAGAGCAAGCUCAACAAAGGAUAGAAAGAGAGGGACGAGUGGUGAGAGGGAGAAGGUUUCAGGAGGGUCAUCUAGUGGGAAGAGCAAAAGGAAAGACCCAGAGCCCGAAGAAGAGGAAGACGAGGAUGAUGACAACCAGGAGCCCAAGACUUCUGCUCAACUGCUGGAAGACUGGGGGAUGGAAGACAUUGACCAUGUUUUCACACAAGAUGACUAUAACACACUAACAAACUAUAAAGCAUUUAGCCAGUUUGUCAGGCCCCUCAUUGCAGCCAAGAACCCCAAGAUUGCUGUGUCCAAGAUGAUGAUGGUUUUGGGAGCCAAAUGGCGUGAGUUCAGUACCAAUAACCCACUCCGAGGCUCAGCUAGUGCCACUGCGGCCCUGGCGGCUGCUAAUGUGGCUGCGGCUGUGGAGAGCAUGGUAGCCAGUGGAACAGAGGGGGGCCCAACACCAGGAACAGCAGGACUGGGUGGUAGCACCUCAGCCACCCCUGUUCCUUCUGUUGUAGCUGAGCCCCAGCCACCCCCUGCACCCCCCCUGCGGAAGGCCAAGACCAAGGAGGGAAAAGGUCCAAAUGCACGCAAAAAACCCAAACCACCUCCAAAACCUCAGGAGAAGAAGGUGAAAACCAAGAAAGUGGCACCUCUCAAGAUCAAAUUAGGUGGCUUCAGCAGCAAGAGGAAACGCUCUUCAAGUGAAGAGGAUGAGGUGGAUGUAGACAGUGACUUCGAUGAUGGCAGCCUGAACAGCUUCUCUGUUUCGGAUGGGUCUAACAGUCGUAGCAGUCGUUCGAAGAAAAAAGGCAAGAGCUCAAAGAAGAAGAAGAAAGAGGAAGAUGGUGACGGGUACGAGACAGACCACCAGGAUUAUUGUGAAGUCUGCCAGCAGGGUGGUGAGAUCAUCCUUUGUGACACCUGCCCACGAGCUUACCACAUGGUGUGCCUGGACCCUGACAUGGAAAAGGCCCCCGAGGGGAAGUGGAGCUGUCCCCAUUGUGAGAAAGAGGGUGUGCAGUGGGAGGCCAGGGAGGAUGGCUCUGAAGGAGAGGAGGAUAAUGACGUUGAUGGUCGUCGGGAUGGAGGGGACACGGAGGAAGACGAUCACCACAUGGAGUUCUGUCGCGUGUGCAAAGAUGGAGGAGAGCUGCUGUGCUGUGACUCUUGCCCCUCCUCCUAUCACAUUCACUGCCUCAACCCACCACUGCCUGAAAUCCCCAACGGGGAGUGGAUUUGUCCUCGCUGCACUUGUCCACCUAUGAAGGGUAAAGUGCAGAAGAUUCUGACCUGGCGAUGGGGAGAUCCUCCACCCCCAACUCCAGUACCCCGACCCCCCAACCUUCCGGAGGAUGCACCUGACCCUGCACCUCUGGCCGGUCGCCCAGAGAGGGAGUUUUUCGUAAAGUGGUGCAACAUGUCUUACUGGCAUUGCUCCUGGGUGUCAGAGUUACAGCUGGAGCUGCACUGCCAGGUGAUGUUCAGGAACUACCAGCGCAAGAAUGAUAUGGAUGAGCCACCUCCUGUGGACUUUGGAGGUGAGGGAGAUGAGGACAAAAGCACAAAGAGGAAGAACAAGGACCCAUACUUUGCUCAGAUGGAGGAGAGGUUCUAUCGAUUUGGCAUUAAGAUGGAAUGGAUGAUGAUUCAUCGCAUCCUAAACCACAGUGUGGACAAGAAGAACAAUGUCCAUUACUUGAUCAAAUGGAGGGACCUGCCCUAUGACCAGGCCACCUGGGAAAGUGAGGACAUGGAUAUCCAGGACUAUGAUGCCUAUAAACUGCAGUACUGGAAUCACAGGGAGCUCAUGAUGGGAGAAGAGGGAAGACCUGGGAAGAAGUUGAAGAAGAUUGGCAAAGUGAAGAAACUGGAUCGCCCUCCUGCAAACCCUGUGGUGGAUCCCACCAUCAAAUUUGAGCGGCAACCAGAGUAUCUGGACAGCACAGGAGGCACAUUGCAUCCAUACCAGCUGGAGGGACUGAACUGGCUGCGCUUCUCCUGGGCCCAGGGUACUGACACAAUCUUGGCCGAUGAGAUGGGUCUGGGCAAGACUGUUCAGACUGCUGUUUUCCUUUAUUCUCUUUACAAGGAGGGUCAUUCCAAAGGCCCAUUCCUGGUCAGUGCUCCUCUGUCCACCAUCAUCAAUUGGGAGCGGGAGUUUGAGAUGUGGGCACCUGACAUGUACGUCGUGACCUAUGUGGGUGACAAGGAUAGCCGAGCAGUUAUCCGCGAGAAUGAGUUCACCUUUGAAGACAACGCCAUCCGGGGUGGAAAGAAAGCUUCACGGAUGAAGAAAGAAGCAUCUGUAAAAUUCCAUGUUCUGCUGACCUCCUAUGAGCUCAUCACCAUUGACAUGGCAAUCCUGGGCUCUAUCCAGUGGGCCUGCUUAGUGGUGGACGAGGCCCAUAGGCUCAAGAACAACCAGUCCAAGUUUUUCAGGGUGCUCAAUAACUACCCUCUCCAACACAAGCUGCUGUUGACUGGAACACCUCUACAGAAUAACCUGGAGGAGCUAUUCCAUCUGCUCAACUUCCUCACUCCUGAAAGAUUUAAUAAUUUAGAGGGUUUUCUGGAGGAGUUUGCCGACAUCGCCAAGGAGGACCAGAUCAAGAAACUGCAUGACAUGCUGGGACCUCAUAUGCUGAGGAGGCUGAAGGCUGAUGUCUUCAAGAACAUGCCUUCUAAAACAGAGCUCAUUGUCCGUGUGGAGCUUAGCCCUAUGCAGAAGAAAUACUAUAAGUUCAUACUGACACGCAAUUUUGAGGCCCUGAACACUCGUGGAGGAGGCAACCAGGUGUCUCUGCUCAACGUUGUGAUGGACUUGAAAAAAUGCUGCAACCAUCCCUACCUCUUCCCUGCAGCUGCCAUGGAAGCCCCAAAGAUGCCCAAUGGGAUGUAUGAUGGCAGUGCUCUGACUAAAGCAUCUGGGAAGCUGAUGCUGCUGCAAAAGAUGCUGAAGAAGCUGAAGGAGGGUGGCCAUAGAGUGCUCAUUUUCUCCCAGAUGACCAAGAUGUUGGACUUACUGGAAGACUUUCUGGAAAAUGAGGGGUACAAAUAUGAGAGGAUUGACGGUGGUGUCACUGGAGGGCUUAGGCAGGAGGCCAUCGACCGGUUCAAUGCUCCUGGAGCUCCACAGUUUGUUUUCCUACUGUCCACAAGAGCGGGAGGCCUGGGUAUUAACUUGGCCACUGCGGACACCGUCAUUAUCUACGACUCAGACUGGAACCCUCACAAUGACAUCCAGGCAUUCAGUAGAGCGCAUCGUAUUGGCCAGAACAAGAAGGUGAUGAUCUAUCGCUUUGUCACAAAGGCCUCUGUGGAAGAAAGGAUCACCCAGGUAGCAAAGAAGAAGAUGAUGCUGACACACUUGGUAGUCCGACCUGGUCUAGGUUCCAAGACAGGCUCCAUGUCCAAACAAGAGCUAGAUGACAUCCUAAAGUUUGGCACUGAGGAACUCUUCAAGGAUGAGAUUGGGGAAGGAGACAACAAAGAAGAAGACAGCAGUGUGAUUCAUUAUGACGACAAGGCCAUCGACCGGCUGCUUGACCGUAACCAGGAUGCUACGGAUGAUACAGAGAUCCAGAGCAUGAACGAGUAUCUGAGCUCCUUCAAGGUGGCCCAGUAUGUGGUAAAAGAUGAGGAGGAGGAGGAAGAAGAGGUUCAGCGAGAGAUCAUCAAGCAGGAAGAAAGUGUGGACCCAGAUUACUGGGAAAAACUGCUACGACAUCACUAUGAACAGCAACAGGAGGAUCUGGCCCGCAACUUGGGCAAGGGCAAACGUAUUCGCAAGCAGGUCAACUACAACGAUGGCUCACAGGAGGACCGAGGUAGUAGACUGGAUUGGCAAGAUGAUCAAUCUGACAACCAGUCUGAUUACUCAGUGGCUUCGGAGGAGGGAGAUGAAGACUUUGAUGAGCGAGCAGAGGUGAACUGUCGCAGGCCCAACCGGAAGGGGCUGAGGAAUGACAAAGACAAACCGUUGCCGCCCUUGCUGGCCAGAGUCGGAGGGAAUAUUGAGGUUCUAGGCUUCAAUGCCCGUCAGAGGAAGGCAUUCUUGAAUGCAGUGAUGCGCUAUGGGAUGCCGCCCCAAGAUGCCUUUACCACACAGUGGCUUGUUAGGGACCUGCGAGGAAAAUCUGAGAAAGAAUUCAAGGCCUAUGUCUCGCUCUUCAUGCGACACUUGUGUGAGCCAGGUGCAGAUGGUGCUGAGACCUUUGCCGAUGGCGUUCCACGUGAGGGUUUGUCACGCCAACAUGUUCUCACACGCAUUGGUGUUAUGUCCCUGAUUCGAAAGAAGGUUCAAGAGUUCGAACACGUGAAUGGUCAGUGGUCCAUGCCCUGGAUGAUGGAACUUGAGGAGAACAAAAAGGCUGCUGCAGCCCAUCCUGAAUCUCCUGGAAACCCCAAGAGUCCUUCCACUGGAACACCUGCAGAUACGCAGCCCAACACACCAGCCCCAGCUUCUAAAACGCCCUCUACUGGCACACCUGCAGACACGCAGCCCAACACGCCUGCCACAGAAGAUCCCUCUAAAUCUGAAGAUGUAUCAAAGGAAGACAAAAAUGAGACAGAAGGGGACAAGGAGGGCAAAGAACCCAGCAAAUCACAGGAGCCAGAGAUCAUUGAAAUCCCCGAUGACAAGGAGAAGCCUCCCUCUCCGGAAAAGAAGGAGAGUGAAGGAGUUGCCUCUGCCACCCCAGUGGAGAAGGAAAGCCUGAGUGGAGAGGCUAAUAAAGACAAAGAGAAGGAAGGAGAAAAGGAGAGGAUUCCAGCAGAGGUGGCAGAUGAAAAGAGCUCCCCCACAGAGGCCAAGGCUGAAGGGUCAGAGGUCAAGGCCAAACAAGAUGAAUGUGAAGCCAAAGAUGAAAAGAAAGAAGAAAAGGCUGAGAAGAUGGACACUAGUCCUUCUGCAGACGAAAAGAAAGAUCAUAAGGAAGACAAGGAUGCUGGGAAGGCAGAGGAACCGGCCAAGCUUCAGAAUGGGGAGAGUGCAAAGGAGAGCACCACAGCUGCUGGAGUUGAAGAGAAAAAGAAGGCUGUGAAGCAAAGGUUCAUGUUCAACAUUGCUGACGGGGGCUUUACAGAGCUGCAUUCCCUUUGGCAGAAUGAGGAGAGGGCUGCUACAGUCACCAAAAAGACUUAUGAGAUUUGGCACCGUCGUCAUGACUACUGGCUGUUGGCCGGAAUCAUACAACAUGGCUAUGCACGCUGGCAGGACAUCCAGAAUGAUGUGAAAUUUGCCAUCCUGAACGAACCCUUUAAGGGGGAAAUGAACCGAGGGAACUUCCUUGAGAUAAAGAACAAGUUCCUUGCCAGGAGAUUUAAGCUGCUGGAACAGGCCUUGGUGAUCGAGGAGCAGCUGAGGAGGGCAGCCUACCUCAACAUGUCCGAGGACCCUUCCCACCCUUCCAUGGCCCUCAACACACGUUUCAGUGAGGUGGAGUGUCUGGCCGAGUCUCACCAACACCUCAGCAAAGAGUCUAUGUCUGGGAACAAGCCUGCCAAUGCUGUUCUGCACAAAGUGCUGAAACAGUUGGAAGAGCUGCUGAGCGACAUGAAGGCAGAUGUCACUCGUCUUCCGGCAACCAUUGCGCGAAUACCGCCAGUUGCUGUGAGGCUGCAAAUGUCUGAGAGGAACAUCCUGAGCCGCCUGGCUAGUAGGGGCUCAGAGACACAAUCGCAGCAGGUGACACAACAGUAGCCUGCCUCAGGCUUGCCCCCCUUUACCCCUCCACCUCGACAUUCCUCAUUGGCUCCUGGAUGACGACGUCACACCUAUGCUUCAUGAAGCCACGCCCUUUUUCCUAAAUAAGGACAUGCAGCAGUUCUAUAGGCUGAUUCCUGGAGGCAGUGGAUAUGAUAGCAAUUUUAUUUUUUUCUUUUUGAUGUUUGUUUUCUUGACCUUUA